AUGUCGUCUUGGCAAAAAGCUGGUUUCUCUUUCAACAAAUAUCUGUCAAUUGCUGCCAGAACUGUCAGAAAAUCUCUGAACAGCGACAUCAGAGUUGCUGCUGAAAAGAGAGGAAUUACUGAUCUUAAGGCUCAAGUAAUUGAGAAAGGUGACAUUAAGUCAACUGUUGAGCUAGGCUCUAGAUAG